AUGCCUGAGGUCCCAGCUGCCGGCCUCUGGCCGUUCCUGCUCCUGCUGGCUGUCCAGGUCAGCGCGGUUGCCAGCUCGACCCAACCCUGGCACUGUGCGCCCUGCUCCGCAGAGAGGCUCGCGCUCUGCCCACCAGUGCCCUCCUCGUGCCCGGAACUCUCCCGGCCUGCUGGCUGUGGCUGCUGCCCUAUGUGUGCCCUGCCUUUAGGCGCUGCCUGCGGCGUGGCCACUGCACGCUGUGCCAGGGGACUCAGCUGCCGUGCGCUGCCGGGAGAACCUCGGCCCCUGCACGCUCUUACUCGGGGUCAGGGCGCCUGCGUGCCUGAGCCUGCCACCCCCACCGCGAGUGGACUCUCCAGCAUUGAAGAAAAAGAAGCUAAGGCCUCCAUGGUCCCCGAGAGAGUGCCUCCUGAGAGUGUGGAGAUGACUGAAGAGCAGCUAUUAGAGAAUUUCCACCUAAUGGCCUCCUCCAGGGAGGAUCAGCCCAUUCUUUGGAAUGCCAUCAGUACCUACAAAAGCAUGAGGGCCCGUGAGAUGGCCGACAUAAAAAAAUGGAAGCAGCCCUGCCGACGAGAACUCUACAAAGUGCUGGAGAGAUUAGCUAAGGCACAACAGAAAGCAGGAGAAGAAAUUUACAAAUUUUAUCUGCCAAACUGCAAUAAGAAUGGAUUUUAUCAGAGCAAACAGUGUGAGACAUCGCUGGAUGGAGAGGCAGGACUGUGCUGGUGUGUCUACCCUUGGAGUGGGAGGAGGAUCCUGGGAUCUCUGGAGAUCAGAGGGGACCCCAACUGCCACCAGUAUUUUAAUGUGAAAAACUAA